ACCAGAGUCCAGCUGACUUUCCCAGAGUGAAUUUGUAGCGAGCACACGAAGUUGUUUUUAAGGGUAUCCAUGGGACGCUGGUAGGCGAGGAAAUCUUGUGAGUGCGCGACAGCACAGAACAACUCAACGACGGCAACGAUGAUUAUGAUGAUAACGACGGCGACGUCGAUGAUGAUUAUGACCUCAACGACGACGGCGACAAUCACGAUGACAAUGAUGAUAGUCAUGACAACGAUGAUGAUAAUGACGACGAAAACAACGAUAGUCCUGAUGGAACUGUCUUUAAGAGUUGGGUCAGCGUUCGCAAGUUGCAGGCUGCCCCACCCACCGACCGAGCACGAGUUGGGGAGGGGAAAGGUCACCGCACGCUACUUGCUGCUCCACUGCCAGGGUCCCGCCCCUUCCCCCCACGUCUAAAGCCAGUAGUUAACAUCAGGCCAGAUGUACUGUUACUUCGGAGGUAGCUAGCUAUGAAUCGGAACGCAGAUCGGGGUAAGUCUAACUACAAACAGACGAAAAAUCUGAGCGGAAAAUCCCUCCUUACCCUUCCGCUCUUAAGAUGUGUCCACAAACAUCGCCAUACACAGAGAAAACAAACACGUGACGUCACGCUUGUAUAGCGACACGCCUCAUCACACGCUCCAAGCUCUCAAUGGCUGAGGCCUUCGUAACGACAUCGCACGCUUGUACAAUCUUAAGGCCAGUUGCACAUUAUUUUAAAACUUAAAACUCUUCUAAAGAAGCAAAUACAGAUUUUUAAAAAUUGCUCUAUUAUAUGCGCUGCACAAACGUAGACAAAUAAUUGUACUAGUGGCAGCGAAAGAAUGGUUGAAAUGGUUUUUUUUAUCUUAUUUAAAACAAUUUUAGUUUUUUUGUAAAGUUGUAAGAAUGUGCUGCGCUCUUAGUUUCUGAAAAAAUAUGAUUGCUAUAUAAAUUUAAGGCAUAGGUUUACAAUUAGAAAAGUGUUGUGCAACUGGCACUGUGUUGUUGACCUGUCUGAGAACUGUACACCUUAUUGUGACUGGAAGGCAGCAGUUCUUGACCCUCACCGUCGGGCAGUGCCUGGUCAUGGCCAGACACAAGGUGCACAGACACCUGAAGCACACUCCUCCCCCACCUACACUCACAGGACGCAAGGUCGGGUGGGUGAGACAAUGACAAACGUUUAUCGCGGGUCAUCACUGUCCUGACUACUGUGACCAAACUGUCGGCAGGUCGUCCACUCCAGGGUGGUGCUGAUGACAAAAGUUACACUGGGCGACACUGAGAACCUGGCAGGAGGCAGGCAGGUGGGGGGGGGGAGACUGCACAUCAACCAGUUGGCUUUCAGCUGCGUCACGUGGUGUGCACUUGAUUACGACGAGAAAAUGCGAUGAAUGCACGACGAGAAGCCGGGCAUCGUGGUUUAAGCCAAAGAAAUAACAAGGGAAUGCAUGGAGCAUGCUCUUUCGGAGAGUGAGGGCAACAGGGUUUGUUUCCAUUCUGAAGGACUUGAGAAGGCGCAGGGCUCAUCUGUUUAAUGAGCUUUAUUUAUCUCAACAGCACUUCUUUAGUGCCAAAGCUUCUUACACUCCAGCGUGGUAUCCAUGCACUGCUGGAGGAUGCACCGUCACUAAGCAUGUCCGCUGGAGAUUAUCAUGUCAUAGGCUAACGGCAUCGCUCCAUGUUACUCGUCAACGAGGACAACCCGAGGACCAAAGACUGUUAUUGUGUAGCGGGGUUGUGGUUACAGACAAACAGGCUUGCCAAGCACUGUAUGUAAGCUGCAUGUUUGUCUCUUCCGUAACCUACACAUUUACAUGUGGAGUGUCGCAGUUGCCCAGCCUAGCCUGAUAAACACAGGGGGCAGCCCCGCCACGUCCUGCUCCCUCGCCUGGCCCCAGGCGGACAACAGCCAAUCGAAGCACCAACGAGAGGGAAAAGAGAGAUGCAGUUUUAUUACAGCAAAGCAACAGCUGACGACCUGCAUACCAAGUGAACUACUACAGGAGCAGCUACCUGACAGUGUAGACAGACAUGACAGUGAUUAGCCUCCAGGGCAGAGACCCGCUGACUGUUUGAACUCACAGUGCAAGGGGUGACUUCAGUGUGGGCCUGCCGAGACUGAGCUGUGUGUUGUAGCCGAGACCGCAGGAAGUGACGUCUUGGUAGCUGACGAUCCGGGCCAUCACGACUCCAUGACAACCUGACAGCCGUGCUUGGAAAAAAGGAAGAAAAGAGCCCCCGCAGUUGCUGGCUCAAGACAGUGAUUCUGCCUUCAGCGCCUUUUCUUGGACACGGACUGCUUCCGCAGGAUUCGCAUCUAGCAAGUCUUUCACACAUGGCACUGAGGUCGCAUCAGUGAAGAUGGAGUACAACCACGUGAUCGCCUUCAACCAAUCGAUGCCCAUGACGGGCGUCGCUGUUAACAACGGCUCUGGAGAGGAAUCGAGCCCGUCGUGCACAGCGCUGGACUGUUACCCGGAUGUUAUGUUCCAGGCCGUGGCGCUGGUGACGGUGGUGCUGGCCGUGUCCGGCUUCGUGGGCAACGCCCUGACCAUUCUGGCCAUCGUGACGUCAGGUCUGCGCACCAACAUCAACAGCAUCCUCAUCGGCAACCUCAGCUUCGCCGACGUGCUCUACACCUGCCUGGUGCUUCCCCUGCAGGCCGUGGCCUUCCAGCAGAAGACCUGGGUGCUGCCUGGGUGGGUGUGCGUGCUACACGCCGCAAUUCGCAUCUGGUUGAUCGGCGUCAACAUGCUGCAGCUCAGCAUCAUCGCGCUGUACCGCUAUCUCAACGUCGUGCACCCGCAGCUGUUACCGCGCAUGGCGCAGCGCCCGGUCUUCCUGCCCAUCAUCGUCGUGUGCUGGAUGUUCCCGGCCGUCUUCUGCGCCACGCUCCUGGGGCUGUGGGGCUCCUUCAGCUUCGAAUCGCUUAUCCUGCAGUGCACCUUCACCUCCCAAGCGGGCAAAUCUCACAAGAUCGUCGUCAUCACGCUCGGCUACGUCGUCCCUUGCAUCUUCAUCUCCUUCUGCUACGCGCGCAUCGGCUGCGUGGUGGCCCGCACGCGCAAGCGCGCCUCGCGAGGCAGCCUGUACCGGAAGCAGAAGAACCAGCGCGACUCGCUGCGUCUGACAGCCAUGAUGCUUCUCAUCUUCCUGGGCUUCUUCCUGGGCAAUCCCUACUUCACCAUCAACCUGGUGGACCCGCGCCAGACCAAGACCAUCGCACACAUCUGGGCGCCCUGCGCGGCCUGGGUGCUGUACUCCCUCAACCCGGUCAUCUACACUCUGAUGGACAAGAACUUCCUGCUGGCCUACAAGCAGCUCGUCUGCUGCCUCCUGUGCACCCAGACCGACAGGCGCCUGUCCACGGGCAGCCUCAGGCAACCACAGGCGCCGUCUUUCAAAGCGCCAUCAUAGGAUUUUAAAAAGAGUAAAG